AUGGCAAUUCAGAAUCUCAAAGUAAUAAUCUUACCAAAGAAUGGAAACCCUAUAAACAAAAUCACCAUCGACUUGAACGAUCCCACCGGUGUUGACAAAUCAGAUUGGAAAAUAAUAUCAUUACCCCAUCCUCGAACACUGCUGCCGGUGAAAUACAUUUUCAACUCUUCAACUCUUUAUGAACUUCGUCAAAUCCAAGGAUCGAACCCCCAUUUGAAAGAUUCUCAACGUCUUGAAACCGAAGAUGGCUCGGCAAUUAAAUCUCUUUUAAUCGAAUCCUCGACACCAGGUAACCAUACUGGGUUGAUUAUUGAAGACCCUUCAGUAUAUGUGACUAGUCCAUUCAACCCGGUAUAUUUAUUAAUCAGUUUCUUUGUGGCAAAAAAAUAUCAUUUGAGCGACACCACCCGGUUCAUAUCUUUGGAAGAUCUUGUGGACUCCAUGGAACUGCAAGAUAAGUUCGAACCUAUGGCGGUCAAGUUGCCAAUGGGGAUAUUGGAAGAUGGGUUAUCGAAGAUUUGUGAAUCUAUAGAAGAAAAUGGCGAUACGUUUUAUAAAUUCUCGAUGAAGAAAACUUUGGAAUUCUUACAACACAAAACUAAUAAAUUGAAAAGUUUAGAGGAGGAGAAAUUUCCUAAAAGUAUUCUUCAAAAACUAAUUAUUCCUUUGGUUACUCCGGCAGAUUCCACCUCAUCGACACCUCCAGAAAUCCUCGACGCGGCAAAAUUGAAGUAUUCUAUACUGCUAAUAGGAUCUUAUUUGCCACAAGUGAUCGUGAACGAGUUGGCGAAAUCUUUCAAGGAAGACUUGACCAAACUUGAUGAGUAUUUACAACAACAGAAACAAAUCAAAGAUAAGAAGAAGUUGGCGGAAGAAGGGUUAAGAGAAAUGGAUAAGCAAAUUAAGGCCGGGGGGAAUUCUAGAAAGAAACCGGUUUCCAAGAAAACAGCGGGCAUUAAGAAACCAACAGCCCCCAGAAAAGUGGUUAGAGGGGCACUCGACAAUUUUUUCAAGAAGAAAGUCACAUAA